AUUCAACCUCCGCCGAGAUCCCAAGAGUCAAAUGUCAUCAGAACUGCAAAACCAGCCGUAAUCAAAGAACGAGGUCACGAUCGUCGCGUCAAGAAAGGGAGGCGACGUGGUGGAGACAGCGACGAUGAGGAGGUGCCUGCCGAAUUCGCGCGUCCAUCCAAGCCAUCUACACUCUUCGAUUUCGUUGCCACUAACGUCAUCCCAGAUGCUGACAAUAGCCGUCCUACGCCUCCUGCUUCAAAUAGCAACUCCGUGAAUCCACCUCGGAUAAGUGGACAGUUUUCAAGAAAGGAAAUUCAUCCCUCUGAUGGCCAGCAGAAAAGAGGGAAUUCUAGUUACAAAGGGAACUAUCCUAAACAAGGGAAGGAGCAGCGAGACAUACCUCCACACUCCACAUUUUCUGGAGAGAAUCGUGAUUAUAAGCAAAGGCCACGUGAACCUAACAGCGUACGCCGUGAAAAUAAUCGGUUUCAACAACAGUACCCAAAUUCACAGCAGCGGUUUGCCAGCCCACCGCAAAAUACGGUUCCCAGCCAAGUCUACAAGCAAAAGCCGAGUGGUCCUGCCAACAGUCGUAACGAUUUUCCUCCUCAUUCUGUGCCCUCUACCUAUAGAAGCCCAAGAGGUCAAUCGGACUUCAUCCCGUCUUCAGAGCGUUCUCGAGAUCGGUUUGUAAAUGAUUUCUCAAAUAUGCGCCUUGAUGGUGACCCUCGACGAUACGAGUCCAAUAGGUCUGCUCCAUCAAGGAGUGGUCCCCCAUUGAAUGCCCAGUUUUCCAUGCCAAGGUGGAAAGUAGGUGAUCACUGCAAAGCACCCUGGAACGAUGGAAUGUAUUACUCGGCAACGAUUGUGAAUAUUGGACCGGCGGAUAUGUGUGCUGUUCGGUAUGAUGAUUACGGGAAUAUUGGCACAGUUCCCCAAGCAGUAUUGUUAUUUGUGUGA